CUCAAAGCGUCUCGCUUGACAUAUCAUCCCCCCAUAAAAAAUGUCCCAAAACAAAGGAGGAAAGCAAACAUACACUAAAAGACAAUACAACAACAAUAACUCUGAAGGUGAUAACCUUCCAAGGGAUGUUGAGAAAAAAGUAAGACAAAUCCAAGAAAUGUUCGGUGAUUGGAAAAAAAAUGAAAUCCAAAGAUGUCUCGAAGAAAACAACUAUGAUGUUCAACUUGUAGUACAAAAGAAGGUUGAUGGUAAGGAAGAUUGGACAACCGUAGAGAAAAAGGAUAUCAGAACACAAAAGACUACUAGAGGUGGUAGAGGUGGUCGUGGAGGUAGAGGUGGUUCUCGUGGUGGAAGCCGUGCUGGUUCCUCACCAUCAGGCCCUAGAUCAACAUCAACCACACAACAACCAGCCUCUCCUACAAAUGAUAAACCAAACAAGAAAAAACCAUCUAAGCAAGACAAAACAACAUCAUCUGAAGUUCGUAAUUUUUCUGCUCCAGAAGACGAAGUUGUAGAAGAACCAAAACAAACUCAACCACAACAAGCCAAGGUUCUUUCAUACAGCGAAGCUGCUGCUGCUUUCAAAAAAAAGGAAGAUGAAGAAAAGAAGAAGAUUGAUGAAGAAAAGAAACUUUUGGAACAACAAGCCAAGGAUCAAAAGGAAAAAGCUAAGAAUGAACGAAAUCAACAACGAAAGAAAAAGGGUGAUAAGAAGGCUCCAAAGGAAGAGGUUAAAGAACCUGUCCAAGAACCAGUUCAAAUUCAACAACAAAUUGUCCAAGAAUCUGUUGUCGAAGAAGAAGUACCAGAAGAAGAAUUGGCCAAUGAAGAAGUUGAACAACAAGUUGAAGAACAAGUUGAAAUCCAACAACCAUCUCAACCAAUUCAACAACCACAACAAUCUGCUCAAUCAAACUACCAAACUUCAUUCGAACAAAGACCAACUCAACAAGAAGAACAACCACAACUCCAAAUGCCAACAGGUAUUCCAUACAAUACUACUCAAAAUAUUCAAUUCGGUACUUUGGAUUUAGGAUCUCAACCACUUCCAAAAUCUCAACCUACUUCUUCUGUUAAUCAACCAAACGCUCAAACUAACCCACAAAUGCAAAAUGGUCAAUUCUGGUCUGAUCCAAAGAUGCAUCACAAUUAUGGCAUUCCAUACAUUCCAAAUCAUCAAUAUCCAUAUCAUCCUCAAUAUUACCCAUACAUUUAUCAAUAUUAUCAACCUCAAGGUGCUCAAGGUGUUAAUACUAAUAAGAACUUUAAUCAAGGUUUUGGUUAUAGUCAAGAAGGAUUCGGAAUGUACAAUCAAGCUACUGGUUCUGAAGAUGCUGAACAACAUCAACAAGAUGCUAACUAUCCAUUCGUUCAACAACCAUACUUCUUCAUGUAUCCACAAAGUCAACAAAUGCAAAUGGACAAUAAGCAUAAAUCAGAAUCUCCACAAAACGAAGCUAAGGUUAAUCCAUACCCAGCUUAUCUCCCAGGUUACCAAUCCCAAUACCCACAAUCUGGCUACGUUUUUGGACAUCCAAACCAAAUUGUUUAUCCAGCUUAUCCAUCAGGUAAUCCAACCAAUAAUACCACACAUCAACAAAAUCAAAAGAAGUGGUAA